GCCCACUGGUAUGGUCCAGGAAGCCCACAUCUCCUCCCUUUCUCUCUCCUGCAACUUUGCUCUGCUCCACUUCAGUGCUCCGUCGAUCUCUCCUCCGCCGCCGGCAAUGGCGUCUCCGCGGCGGCGCUCCCUGCCGCUGCCGCUCCUCCUCCUCGUCUUCCCGGUCUCCCUCUUCGUCGUCCUUCUCCUCCACCACCGCUCCUCGAUCCCCGCGGCGGAGCUCCUCUCCGGCCCCGGGCCGGACCCGCGCCGCUUCUCCCUCCUCAUCAAGGUCCUCGCCUACGACCGCCCGGGGCCGCUCCGCCGCUGCCUCCGCUCGCUCGCAGCGGCGGACUACGCCGGGGACCGCGUGGCGCUCCACGUCCUCGUCGACCACCCGCGCCCCAACGCAUCCCUCGAUGCGUCGCGCGAGAUCCUCGCCGAGGCCGACGCCCUCCGGUGGCCGCACGGGGAGAAGCGCGUGCACUACCGCGCCGCCAACGCGGGGCUCCAGGCGCAGUGGAUCGAGGCGUGGUGGCCCGGCUCCGACGACGAGUUCGCCUUCGUCGUCGAGGACGACCUCGAGGUGUCGCCGCUCUACUAUCGGUUCCUCAAGCGGCUGGUCAUGGCGUACUACUACGACCGCGAGAACUACAGCCCCUACGUGUUCGGCGCGUCGCUGCAGCGCCCCCGGUUUGUCGCAGGUAAACAUGGAAACAAGAUACAGCUGGAUAGUGAAACUCACCUUUUCUUGUACCAGAUGGUUGGUACCUGGGGCCAACUUCUCUUCCCAAAACCAUGGAAAGAAUUUCGAUUAUGGUAUGAUGAACACAAAUCUAAAGGAAUCAAACCUAUUCUUGAAGGCAUGAAAACUACAGGGUGGUAUAAAAAGAUGGGGGAGAGAAUAUGGACCCCUUGGUUCAUUAAGUUUGUCCACUCCUGUGGAUACUUCAACUUCUACACGAACUUCCUGAAGGAAAGGGCCCUCAGCGUCUCUCAUAGGGAUGCAGGUGUGAACUAUGGAAGGAGUGUUGGACCAGAUUCUACGUUGUUAGAUGGGAAGAAUCUGGAUUUCAAUCUAUGGGAAUUGCAGCCUCUAAACAAGCUAAAAUGGUACGAUUUCUGCUUUGCUGAAGUUCUUCCCGGAAGAGUCAUUAGGAAAUUCAGUGAACUUGGUUCUGUGCUCAAGUCGGUGCAAUUAGAAAACAAUGUUGUGCUGAUAAGUCUAUACUCACUAGAACAGAGAAUUGCAAGAAACUUGAUUUGCUAUCUUGAGAAGUCAGGGAUGCGGAACUACAUUUUCCUUGUUGACAAUACAGAAUUUCUGGAUGACCUUGCUCAUAGAGGACAUCCUGUCAUUGAUGCUAUCAGUUUGCUCCAGAGCAUCAAAAUGAGUAGUUCUAUAUACUCAGAUGACUUUGUUAAGGAAAUAGUGGUCAAAGCUUAUGUGAUAAAAAAUUGCUUGGACCUGGGCUACAAUCUUUGGGUAUUAAAUGGGAAUACAAUUUCUCUUGGCAGUAAGUUAAAUGAGCCAUCAGAUCAAUCAGUUGAUUUCUUUGCUGCAGAAUCUGUAGAUUUGAUGUUUCUGAGGGGCUCACAGAGCUCUAAAAAAACUUGGAAUGAACUUGAUAUAUUGAGAAUGGCUGAUGGGAUGAUGUCUUCAAAAAGCGGCUUUUCUUCUUCUCUUGAGCAUAAGAAUUUUGUCCGCGUGCUCACUGGAGUGUUGGGAAACAAUGGUGCUGUGAGGCUGGGAAAACUGGAUGAAGAAAUUAUGGCUGUUGAAUUAGGGCCUAACACCUCAAACAGAUCAUUGUCAGAAGGUCACUGUAAAGUCUUAUUCUGGUCUCAUAGUAUGACUUCAGAUUCAGUUCAAAGUCAACUUGAAAAUAGAGGUUUAUGGUUAAUUGACUCAGAUUCAUCUUGUAGUGCUGUUGUUUGUGGCCAAAAACAGAAGUAAUAUUGUUUGUUGUUGCAAAUGUUCUUUUGUUAAACAAUGGCAACAUUAACGGGAUCUAAGCCAAGGUAACUCAAAGGUAUUAUGAGAGAGGUGAACCUGCCCUGGGAACUUACCCAAGGAAACAGUGAUAGCAUUCUUCUUUGAUGUCAUUUUGGAUCAUCCUCAUGGUAUUCAAUGCAGAUUUUUGCCAGAAAAUAUUGAUUACAGUGGAGUUUUUGUGAGACCACAUUUGUUUUGUAGCUCUGCUCUGGUACAGAUUAUAUGGUAUCCACGGGUAUGAACUCCAUUAAGUCUUCCACGGGUAUGAGCACUCGGUGUGUGUGCUGUCUUGCAGUCUUGCUGAUGAGGGGGAACUAUUCAGUUAGCUAUGUUUGGCUGCGAAUUCAACUCAUUAAUAUGGUUUUGGAGAUAAUUUUCUCUGGUAUGCUCCACGUGGAUAGCAGCAUUCCAACCACAACCUGACAGUCCUCAGAUCAUUGGAUGCUAACUUGGUAUGCUUUUUCUGUCCAAAGUAACAGUGAAUUCUCUGUUCUAAACAUGUACUAUCAAUGUUGUCUGUAUUUAAGUCAUUCAAAUUGUGGACAACUGUGGGGUAAAUUUUACUGAGAUUUGCACAGAUAGAUAAUUUUCUCUCUUUUUUUCAUUUGGUCAAUAGAAGUAAGUUUGUCUACACUGUUACAAUUUCCAAUGCAAGGUUAACUAUGAGGUUUUUGUUCCGAGGUAGCAGUAUGUAUCAGAUAUUCAGAGCAGUUCUACUGCAACAGGGUUCAACAAACCUUAUACAGAAACAGAUGUAGAAAGUGUGUAUCUGAAGAAAAAGGUGGCAGAUAUGGUUGUUGGUGCACAUCUUUCACUGGCAGAAGCGAUAUUAAGUCACUGGCAGAAGCAAUAUCAGCAAGGUAACGAAAGGAUUCUCAACUGUAAAGUGGUUAGACAAAUUUGACAGAUCGUUGGAAAUUUGUGGAACGAUCAAUAAAAGAGUGGCAUCACUGAGAGGAGAUUUCCCAACCAAAGUUGACAAUUCCUAGUAACACAAUGUUAUUCCACUUAAACAAGGUGAGAUUAUCUAUCACUGGAUCAAACUUAGAAUGUAAGGUAAGCUUGCAGUUGUGACAAAGUGGAGCCUGGAAAAUGACAUCCAAAUUGCCCCAAGAUGCAUCCUUGCAUAUAAUAAAAUGAAAACGUAUGGUGUCAUUGCAUAAUGAGAUGAGCAUAUGAGCCUGAUGUCUGCUCUGCAAACCACCUUACUCCCAUGAAUAGGGGCCAGUUGCAGUCAACGGCUCAAUCAUGUUUAGUGACCAAUCUAGCAGCUUGCUAUGCCUAUUGCAUAGAGACAUGUUAGGUAGCAUCUCAACACAAAAUUUGGAAGCACCUAAUAGGUAGUAUUAGGCGUAUAUUUCUUCAUGCAUUAGGAUCUCCAACGGAGCAUUUCUGCUAUUAGCUACUCUGUUUCUCAAAGAUAUUCAUUCAUUGCCUUUAUCCCUUUAAUUUUCUCUUAAUUAAGGUAUAUAUAACUGAUUAGCAGGUUCACUAUAGCUACUAGAUUCUGGCAUCCUGUUCAUGAUUAACCUCUAACGUACUCUCACACUGUAGGCUGUAGCACCAUUAGUACACUGCAAUACGGAUCAUCAAAUAAUUAGUGUCGUAAAGUGUACUCGCUGAUGAUCUCGACAUUUGUUGUUGUAAGCAGUGUCCUUUUCGUGACAGCUGGUGUCCUUUUUAUUUUUAUUUUUCCUAUUAAGGGGAACAGCUGUUUUCUUCAUCAUCCUCUAAAAAGGACAUGGCAACUAAUUAGGUCUACCAGACAACGUGAACAA